AUGUGGGGUGAACUAAAGGGUAAAAGAAUCUGGGCAAUUCCUAAGAGGAGAGUAGGUAUCUGCUUAAGUGGAAGUUUCGAGUAUGGAGAGCAAAAAGAGGUCAUUCAUUAA